UCAACGUCACAUUUUGAAAGUCCCUGGAGUGCUGACAUUUGGUCUCAACCCGACGCUUUGGGUGAACGCGCCCCAGAAUAGCCCUGCGCGAUGUCUGUUUUACUCAGUUUGACGAAAUUCUUAUUAAUUGCUUCCACUGCAACUAUAUUAUCACUAUGUUACCUUUACAUGAAAACUGGGAAAUGCGCAUCACCACCGCUUCAGAGGGCCUACAACCCCAUGCCUAAUAUCACUCGACAGCCAACAUCAUGUAGCUGUCCCAGCUCCGGGAUAGAUUUAACAAAAUACGUGAACAAGGACAAAUUCAGCGACAUUGUUAAACGCAGAGCUGAAGUUUUUGAACAGGAUCAGAUCAGAAAAAAGACGAUACUAAAUGAGCUUCUGUUAGCUCCACCUCAUUCCCCUCUACAAUAUCCAAUCCAAGGAUUCAUUGUCAGUCCUCUCAAAAAGGGCAUCAUUCCAGGUUUAAGUGUACAUACUGUACAAAAACAAAACUACAAGGUGACACUGAGCGUAAGCAGUGGUGUCCUGGCAGUGGAAAGUCUUCAGGAAAAGGACCAAGUGACGGGACAGAAUGAGAAGGUUCUCUCCAUUUCUGCCUCCAGCCUGUACUCUCUCAAUGACCUGCUGGGUCGGGUCUCCUACAGAAGCACUGUGUACAGCAUCAAGUCUGGAGACCUGGUACACUUCACCUUUGAGCAGUACAAGGCCGUCUUCCCCAUUGUGAUCCGACAGCCUACAGUGCCAGUUCUAUACGAACUUGGAGAGGAUAUCAAAUCCCAAGUAACGGUGACAACUAAGACUUUCCUGAGGUACCCUGAAGUGAACUAUCUCGUCAAAACGAUUAGACAGUUUUACGAAGACAUCAAAAUCAUCAUUGCGGAUGACAGCCUAAACCCACAGAAAGUGAAUGGAGAUAACAUUGAGCAGUACUUCAUGCCACCUGCCCAGGGCUGGUUUGCUGGCAGGAACCUUGCCGUCUCGCAGGUCACCACCAAGUACUUUCUGUGGGUGGAUGAUGACUUCUACUUCACAGAGAGAACAAAGAUAGAGAGAUUUGUAGAAAUAAUGGAGUCUAAGCCUGAACUGGAUGUGGUCGCAGGGUCGGUGGGCGAAUACGCGAAUUCCUUCACGCUUAUCUACGACGAAGGAGACGAGGACGGUGGCUGUUUGACCCGAGUAAAAGGCACCUACCAGCCCAUUCCCGAGAUCCCAAACUGCUACUACGCCUCGGGGGUGAUCAACUUCUUCCUGGCCCGGACCGACGCCGUACGCAGGGUGGGCUUCGACCCACUGCUGAAGAGAGUGGGCCACUCAGAGAUGUUCAUGGACGGGCUGGGAGAGCUGCUGGUGGCCAUAUGUCCCGAGGUCGGUCUUAACCACCAGCGCCGAAGGGCGAAUCCUCAGUACCACAAGUUCCGGAUGCCGCCCAAGAGCGACACCAACAACAAACUCUACCUCCACUUUUUCAAGAACCGUCUGAAGUGUAUGAAGUGGUGAAAACUUGGGUCAAAGGUGUAGAUAUUUGUACUGUGCUAUUAUUGUGUAGGUACUCACGCAUAAUGAAAUAUGAGCGCUGGGCGACGUUUUGUGAUAUGACAUUUUGGCCCGCAGUUACUAUGCUAACUUGGCGGUGCAUUUGUAUGCAACCAGGCAGCACAGCUCUUUGGUUUAGGAAUAGACUUUGGUGUGAUUGCUUCAGGUAAUGUUUUAAAUACACGCCAUCAAUUGUAUGGUUCAGGUAUUUUUGCCAAACCCUUGUCUUUGUCUUUGUUGGCGGCAAUGGUGUUACUUCUUCUUGACAUUAUAAUUGCUUUAUGUUGUACAUUCAGUCUUUUUCCCUCGGGCGAGAAUUUCAUCUACCAUCGUAGUGCACCCACAAAGGAUUACUUUCCGCACCCGUUUUGUUGCUCUUCACUGUCAUGGUUCUGUGUUCCUGUCUGUGUGUUUCCUUGUUGGGCCGCCAGAUGGCAGCACUUCGGUUUUGUGUCCUGUUUAAUUGUAUUAUUAUUUUCAAAUAUCCAAUUAGUGUUUGCUGGUUGUCUCUUUUUCCCUUCCCUCUCUGUGGCCUGAUUGUUCAUGGUGCCCUCCCGUGUCUCGUCAGUGUCUGUUCUAUUUAAGUUCCCCUCUUCCUUGACUCAGGCGCUGGAUCCGUGUGGUUAUGUCUGGUUGUUUUGUGCGCCCCUACUCAAGUACCUGCUCCAUGUGUUCUUGCCCAUGUUCUGGCUUCCUUGUGUUUGUAUUUUCUGGAUUUUCUUUGUUCCUGUGUUGUUUUAAGGUCUCCCUUCGUUUGUUGAAAGUUGCCCUGCGAGGCUUUUUGUUCCCUUUUGUUUCCUUGUUUUAGUAAAGUCUUUUGUUCCCCUCA